AUGGCAAGAAAUAUCAAUUCCAAGAAUCCAAAAAUCAAAUCAGAGAAAAAGAUGGAAGAUCUGUCAUCAAUGGUGAUGGCUUUAGAACAAGCAACCCUAAUGGCAAAACAAUUACCGGUCACCGUCGACCCAUCUCAGAUCCAUCAAAUCUAUUCAUCUCUUCACUCAGCAAAUCAACAACUUUCUUCUUUCCUCUCCUUUCAUCAAUCGCCGCUGCCGCCGCCUACCGCCGUCGGAGAGCCGAUGCAAGUAGGAGAUGAUGAUGCAGAAAACGAACAGAAUUCCAAAGCCACCAUUGAUGGCGUUGAAGAACAGAUGAAAGAAUGCUUCAUUCAGAACAAACGACCUAAAAGAACACUCUCCCCAUCUGCCGCCGCCACCGCCGAGCACCAGCGCCGCAAAUUAUACGAUCAUGAAUUCACCAAGAUCGGUUCUUCUUCUUCUGGAUUCGACCCUCAUCGGACAAGGUUAAGAUCCCUUGAACUCAUCUAUCAAUUCCAUGGCUAAGAAAAUUUCCAUUUAACUUUGAUUACAAAUUCUAGUCUGUGUUUCUUUCUUU